AUGCGGCUCCGCGAAGAGCGAGCAGGCAAGGAGGGCAUUUCCGCACGGACAAAAGACGUCGAGAAAAACCGCGCUGUCAUCUCGACGGAAGUCGAGGAAGUUGCCAGGCCCCAGAGGAGCCCGACAAAGGGCUGGCGUCUUUCAAGCACCGCGGAAAGCAUCCGGCGAUGGAAAGCUAAUGCGCCUGGUCAGACCAGAUGCGACUGCAUCACGCACCAACGGCAAGUUGCCCAGCCCUGCGUCCUCCUCCAGGCGUCACGCACCGCCGACGACGGAUCGUGCCUGCCUUGUCGCCAGCGUCCCAGAGACGGUCUACUCUUGACCAACGUCCACGUUCCAGCAGAAGGGCAGACGAGCGUCCUCAGACCAGAGGCUCUUCUCAAAUCGGCUCAUGGCUUCCUUCUUCUCACGCACCACGAGGGUGACUGGAUCGCUCGCACCAACGGUCCGUCGUAG